AUGAAAAUCACCACCCUUCUCAGCGCUACAUGCUGGUUAUCAUUCGUAUCCGCCGCCUUUGAUUACAAUAGAGGAGGGGCGGUACUCAAGGCUCCUGACGGUGAUUCGUUUCAAACGGUUACUGGUACCUUCGCCGUCCCAAACUUGUCCGGCUCGAACCGAUUAUCGAUAUGGGUUGGCAUUGGUGAUGGGUUGGAGCAGAACACCAUUCUCAGUGGUGGCAUCGUCUACAACAACACUUUGGAGAGUUUUGCUUCGUACUUUCCAGACCCAGCAACAGAUACGACUUCAGCUGUUCCAAUUGCGAAAGGCGAUUCGAUCACUAUCACGGUCAAUGUUACACUGACAGGUGGUACAGUGACAAUUGGGAACAAUGCGCAAAACAAGAGGACAACACAAACGGUCGCAGCACCAGCAGGCGUUGAUCCAACUUCAUUGACUGCCCUAGCAGCUAAUUGGUUUGUUCAAGCUUACCAAGUUAUUCCUGGUGAACUUGUAGCAACGCCAAACUUCGGCACAGUGUCUUUCACAGCCGUGAAGGCGACAACUAAGGGUGGAGUAGAUGUACCAGUCUCAGGAGCUGGCCGAUAUGAGAUCCAGGGAACUAGUGGACAGAUGUAUUCUCGAACGACAAUCUCUGACGCAGGUAUUUCGGUACAGAGACAAACCGUGGGGAAGUAG